AUGGCUGAAUUCAAACCGAUCCAUUUUGUCCCUGAAGAUCGCGAGGAGCAUAUUCUCUCUCUCCCAAUCCAGCGCAUUAUAGCUGCACCGCACCGCCAGGAUGCCAGCACAAACCACUGGUGUCUCUACCUCGUCGUCUCUCCCACCACCUCUAUCCAACUCAACUGUCUGCCCAGUUACUCAGUCCCCAGUGACAUCCUCUCAGGCGGAUCCAAGGCGUACCUGAUUUUGUCCGAGCUCGAUUACUUGGUACCUGAUGACAUUGAAGCGACAUUCAAUCUCGAUGUCCCGGCGGAUAUCCUUACAGAGGUCACAGUCGACGAUAUUAUGAACGUUCUAAUAGAUAAUGAUCGCCAGAAAUACGAGUUCGAUUGCAAUGGGGCAGGAUGCAGACUCUGGGUCACGGAACAGGUGGAGAUGCUCUACGACGCUGAAUACGUGGUGAAUGACACGCAGGUUGAAGCCGUGAAGGCUGCGUUGCUGAAAUUGUGGCCGGAGCAGACUCCGUUGGAGCUCGAUAAGGGUGCUUAUUAUGACUUUUUCUAA